AGACGCGAGUCUCGUGAAUGAUUUCCAGUCUCAGGUUGGGUGACAUUGUGAGACAGGACACCCCAGUACGGAAAGAACUAAAUUUACCUGCGUGCGUAGAGAGCGCGUGCGAGGGGCUGCAGGUGGAGGUGGGCUGUACGCGUCACGGCUGUUGGUUUUACGCGCAGAGAAAAGCUUCAGUUGGAGCGCUCCGCUGGCGGCUCCUUCCUGCUCCUCAGGGUCAGAGUCCCCGGGGCGCAGGUCCAGCCGCCUGUGAAGGAUGUACACGAUCACCAGAGGUCCCAGCAAACUGGCCACACAGCGACGGACAGGACCCACUCAACAGCUGGACAGCAAAAUUAACGAGUUCAAGCACAAACAAACCUCCUGGAGCAUGCCUGACCUUCCUGCACCAAAGAUCAUUUUUAACCGUCUGAAUGGAAAGAAGCACCAUCACCCGGCUCAGGCUGUCCCUGCAGACAGUCAGCAGGAAGAGACGUUCUCCCCCACACACCAGGAAAAUGUCAAGUUUGUCUCUGACAUCUGGCAGGAAGUGACUGAACAGGAAGAAGGGAAUCGGAGACUGGAGGCGUCCCAGAGAGCAGUUUACUACAAAGAGGCCAGUCCUGGACCUCACAUGGACG